GCAGUGGCAGCACGCCGAUUCAGAUACUUCGAGCAGACGAGACACUGAAAUGCUGAGAUGAGCGAUCUGGUGCGAUUCCUUUUACUGAGCGUACUGCUCUGCAGCUCGCUGGCUUUGAGUUUGGGCCAGGACAGCGAUGCCGAUGGCCAGCAGGAGACCUCGACAGUUAGUCCGGAGGCAGCUCGAGGACUGGCCAGCAGCUACGAGCCGGAGGACAAGCAGACACUGCGAAAGAACUCCCACAUCUACAUGGGCAUCUACAAGAACUACAAGAGCACCUAUCUGGGCAACAAGACCACCAGUGAGUACAAGAAACGCCUGCGAGAUCGCGUGAGUGCUCCUCAAAUGGUGGAGAAUGAGGCUCCCGAGUCGGUGGAUCCCGAGCAGCUGGAUCCCAAGGAUUCGCUGGCCCAGGAAAUCCGACAAGAUGCCCAGGCGGAGGCUUUGAUGGAGACUCAAACGGAGUCGCCCAAUUACGACGACAGUGACUCUUUGGCUGCCAAGAAGCGACGCAAACGAAAGCGCAAGGAUCGCAACAAGCGAAGGGAGGAUGUGGAGUCCGAAACGGGUCAGCCAGAUCUUUCCGCGGGAAAUGAGGGCAUUGAGCGGUAUCAAGUGGGUCCUGGACUGAAUGUGAGUCUGGAUAUGAGCAAUGAUAUUGUGCAUGUGAAGUUGGAUGGCCAGAAUCUGAAGGAGAUUAUAGCUGCUCGCUGGCUAAACUUAGAUAAUAGUGAAGAAGGUCGCGGCAAGAAGUACGACAUGAUCACCAAAGUCCUUCCACUCUUCAUCCUCCCCUUCCUCAUCCAAUCGGCCAUUGUUCCCUUUUUGGUCACCAAACUGAAGCUGCUGCUGGUCAAAUCGAUUCUGGUGGGCAAGCUGGCCAUCUUCCUGCUGAUCAUCUCGGCCAUCAAGAACGGCAACAAGACGGUCCAGAGCUACGAGGUGCCCUCCUAUUGGGCCGGCGAACCCAGUCGGAGGUCCGAGCUGGCCGCCGCUGCCUCCUCGGCGGCUGCCGCCUACAAUGGGUACAGAGUGGAGGGCAAGCCCACCACCUGGAUCAGCUAGACCAUCUCACCUUGCUUUAAGUUUGGGUUGUAG